AUGGCGGACAGCCUUUCCCACUCGCCCUCUCCCCUCCUCCCCUCCUCCCCUCCUCCCCUCCUCCCCUCCUCCCCUCCUCCCUUCCUCCCCUCCUCCUCCCUUCCUCCCCUCCUCCCUUCCUCCCCUCCUCCCCUCCUCCUCCCCUCCUCCCUUCCUCCCCUCCUCCCUUCCUCCCCUCCUCCUCAUCUCCACCCUCCUCCAUCACUGGUCCAUCCGCUCUCUGGAUGA